ACGCACGAAAAGCAAGGAGUACAACACGCUUCAUCGUUUUUUCCUUUUUCUUUCUUCCUCCCCCCAAACAAGCUCUGUCGAAUAAAAACCCUCAGACUUAAAACCCUAAAACCAUUAAUUAAAAACAAAGACACCAAACACAGAUUUCUGAUUCUUUAUUUCUAAUUCUUUUUUGUUUAUAUUAACCUUUACUGACUUUUGAUAAUCUCACCGACAGUAGCAUUCUAAUGAGUCGAUAUGAUAGCCGCUCUGGCGAUCCCAUCACCUACCGCGACCGUCGAAGUGACUCAGGGUUUGGUGGGGCUUCAGCAUAUGGCAGUUCAGUGCGGUCCUCCUCAAGCAGAAGGGAUUAUGAUGGUGCUGAACCGUCUAGGAAGUUGGAUUUGGACGGGUUGACUCCUUUUGAGAAGAAUUUUUAUGUUGAGUCAUCGUCGGUGGCAGCAAUGUCAGAGACGGAGGUGGAGGAGUAUCGGCAACGAAGGGAAAUUACUGUUGAAGGCCGUGAUGUUCCAAAGCCCGUGAAGAGUUUCCGUGAUGUGGGAUUUCCAGACUAUGUAAUGCAAGAAAUCAUAAAAGCUGGCUUUGUUGAACCAACAGCCAUACAAGCUCAAGGCUGGCCAAUGGCUUUGAAGGGCCGCGAUCUCAUUGGUAUUGCUGAAACUGGAUCAGGGAAGACUCUUGCCUAUUUAUUGCCUGCAAUUGUCCAUGUCAACGCACAGCCAAUUUUAGCUCCUGGAGAUGGCCCAAUUGUAUUAGUGUUAGCUCCAACACGUGAACUUGCGGUUCAAAUACAACAAGAAUCUGCCAAGUUUGGUGCCUCAUCAAGGAUCAAGAAUACAUGCAUAUAUGGUGGGGUACCAAAGGGACCUCAAGUUCGUGAUCUCCAGAAAGGUGUUGAGAUUGUUAUUGCUACACCGGGGAGAUUAAUAGAUAUGUUGGAGUCACAUCACACAAAUUUGCGAAGAGUUACUUAUUUAGUAUUGGAUGAGGCAGAUCGGAUGUUAGAUAUGGGAUUUGAGCCUCAGAUACGAAAAAUUAUUUCUCAGAUCCGUCCUGACCGUCAAACUUUGUACUGGAGUGCUACUUGGCCAAAGGAGGUUGAACAGUUGGCCAGGCAGUUUCUUUACAACCCAUACAAAGUGACAAUUGGAUCUGCAGAUUUAAAAGCUAACCAUGCUAUUCGCCAACAUGUUGACAUUGUUUCAGAGAGUCAGAAAUAUAACAAAUUGGUGAAGCUGCUAGAGGAUAUCAUGGAUGGUAGCAGAAUUUUGAUUUUCAUGGAUACCAAGAAAGGUUGUGACCAGAUCACUAGGCAACUUCGCAUGGAUGGUUGGCCUGCUCUCUCAAUUCAUGGAGAUAAAAGUCAAGCAGAAAGGGAUUGGGUCCUCUCAGAGUUUAAAGCUGGCAAGAGCCCUAUAAUGACUGCAACAGAUGUUGCAGCUCGUGGUUUAGAUGUGAAAGAUGUGAAAUAUGUAAUCAAUUAUGACUUCCCGGGAUCCCUUGAGGAUUAUGUCCAUCGCAUUGGUCGAACAGGAAGAGCUGGGGCAAAAGGCACUGCCUAUACUUUCUUCACAGCUGCAAAUGCCAGAUUUGCAAAAGAACUUAUUGCCAUACUUGAGGAAGCAGGACAAAAGGUCAGUCCUGAGUUGGCAGUGAUGGGACGUGGUGCACCUCCUCCACCAUCAGGUCAUGGUGGUUUUCGAGACCGAGGUAGAGGUUCUGGUGGCGGUCGCCCAUGGAGCUGAUUAAUCAAAAGAUCCCCACAAGGAGAAAGUUGUAAGACUAUGAGGGUACAGUGUAGUGUAGACAUAAUUUGUUUGACUGUCACUACUACUACUUUUCUGGGUUCAACUGUCAGCGGGAAGAUAGAAACUUGUAAAUUAAUUUUGUUUUUACUUUCUGAUAAUCCAUUUUUUCCCCCAUUAAGCGAAGAACUAAUGAACGAAAAAGAACUAGAGUUGUAUUUUUUGUUACCAUACCCUGGCCUGGGCCAAAGCCUGAAGUCAUCUUGAUCAUGUGAUCCUCGACAAAUUAAAGCUAAAGAAAUCAAGGACGUAGACAUAUGAUAAUCCUUCACCAAACUGCCUCCACUCCCCACUUCUAUCACUUUACGAUAGCAUGAUCGAGUUUUUAAAUAUUCAAUUCUAAAAGAAUGCAACACGACGACUAUUAAGGUAAAAAAAAAAAAAAAGGUGCUUAUGACUU